AUGAUUGAAAACCUUCUCAAGAUCAUUGUUUCACUUCCCGACAAUCCUGAUGUUAAAAAAGAAGAGAGGCAAUGUGGUAUCCAAUUUACCCGUUAUGGACUCUGGGUGAUUGAGUGGGUAUCCACUGUUGGUGAAACAUUUCCCAAAUUAUUUCAGAUUCCCACUCGCUACCUUGACGACUCUUCUUUUUUAAACACAAACAAACUGCAGGACUUGAUUGCCCAAGACCCUUCUACCUGGCCGCUGCUGCCUUAUUGUGAAUCUCUCUUUCUACAUGUUGCUGAAAGUUUUUGCAAGGUUGGACCCAAAGUCAAAGAAGCCAUGGCGCACAUCGUCUUCACCUCUAUGCUCGUCGCUACUUCAAAAGCUCCAAGUGACGCCCUUCCAAAAUCCUUAAGCUGCUACAAUGACCUGAUGUUCUUCCAGACCUUUGUUGCACAGGUCAACUCGAUGAUCUCUUCCAUUAACGGCAUACAACUCAAAGUCCGAGGGAACGAUGCAGCACCAAUGUUGGCACUAGCAUGCUUUGCAGUGGCUGGUGUGCGUGGACUUCUUCUUGGCCCCUCAAGCAACUGCACCUGCAGUCCUAGUGGAGCAGCUCAGCACAUCUCUCUGAUUGCUUUGAGUACAAUCCCGAUCCAUAUUGGCACAAAACUCAUAGUAUAUGAAUCCUUGCCCCCGCCUCCAUUCAUGGGCCUUCUGCCCCUCGCAUGGACCAUCCUACUGCACCAUUCCUAUCAUUGCUACAUCCAAUCCUAGAAGCUCCACCUCUCUUGUA